CUGUACGAAUCUAAAAUCUAAAUUGAAAACUAUGCCGAAACUUUUUCGCAGUUUAUUCUCGAAUCGCUAUGAUCGCAAGAACGAGCGUUUCUAUGACCGCUAUGAAGCCAUUUGCCAAGUUGUGCCCAAUAUGGCACAAAUGCCGCGUCCUGCAAUCACGAGCAUGAGUAGUAGCAACAGCCGAGGAUCAAGCGGUGCACACAGGUCGGCAGCAAGUGGAGAGCCGAAGCCCUGGAGCCGAACCUUUCACUAUGGCAGCGGUGAGCCGAGCACCGAUUGGCGAACUGGAGAUAAUGUGCCCAUUGUGGAGCGUCGCAGGAUGGAGGAGGCAAGUGGCUUACAGCUAAUGGCCAUUGAGUCGAAUCCGAACUGCGGAUUUAGUCACACCAUUUGGGAGAUAGAGCUGCCCGGUCAAGAGAGUAAUUAUGUGGAAAGCAAGCGACAUGGAGGCGUCAAGUUGGGCAGGAUCAAAGUGUUGACCAAGGGCAGAGGACGCGGCAGGAAACCGGACAUUCUGAAGCGGGCAGAAUCCCGAAGAAAGCUCACACAACUAACAGUUAAUGGAUCUCCCAGGACUCCACAAACUGACCAAAGCAAGCAGGAGGCUGUCAGAAAAACACCAGAUCGUCGUCGCUUUCGACAGCCUGGCGAGUAUUUCAACUGCGAUAAUUGUAACAAGAAAUUCGAUCAUUCCUGGAUGCUUGUCGCCCACAAACGCAUCCACACAGGUGAAAAACCCUUUGUCUGUCCCGAACAGAGCUGUCAAAAGUCCUUUGCCGAUCGCUCUAAUCUUCGUUCGCAUCAACGGACAAUGGGUCAUCAUCUUUGGGAGUUUCAGUGCGGACAGUGUGGCAAAUACUUCAGUCAGGAGUGCUAUCUAAAACGCCAUUCAUUGGACGCCUGUCGCAAGUAUCUAAUGUCCGUAAAGCAAAAGAAAACAUAGGUUCAAAUUGCAAACUUCUUAGUUUCAUAUGACAUUAGUUAUGUUAAUGAAUUUAUAAUUAUUGAUAUAUGUUAUGAGAAUUCUUUGCAAAAUUAUCUUAAUACUUGAGUUAAGUCUUUAGCAUGAU